GUGAGGGGUCUGCCCGGGAGCCUCGAGAGAGAAGGGCACACAGGACGCGGUGCCGGCACCUACCCAGCCACAGCUGGGGCUCUCACGGCAGAGAUGAAGCUGCUCCUGGCCCUGGCGGGGAUCCUGGCCACACUCGCCCUCCCUCUGCCCUGCGGGGGCACUGCCCCAGCCUCCAGGGCAGUGGAGACCUCGGUCCUGCAGGACUGCAUAGCGGAGGCCAGGUUGCUGGUGGAUGAUGCCUACAAUUGGACUCAGAGGAGCAUCAAGCAGCGUCUUCGCAGUGGCUCGGCCAGCCCCUUGGACCUCCUGUCCUACUUCAAGCAGCCAGUGGCAGCCACCAGGACAGCCGUGAGGGCCGCAGAUUAUAUGCAUGUGGCCUUGGGGCUGCUGAAGGAGAAGUUACAGCCUCAGGAGUCCAGGCCCUUCAAUGUCACUGAUGUGCUAACAGAACCCCAGCUGCGGCUGCUGUCCCAGGCCAGUGGCUGUGCUGCCCGGGACCAAGUCGAGAAGUGCAGCAACAAGUACCGCACCAUCACCGGGAGAUGCAACAACAAGAGGAGACCCUGGCUGGGGGCCUCGAACCUGGCCCUGGCCCGCUGGCUGCCAGCCCAGUAUGAGGACAGGCUGUCGCUCCCCUAUGGCUGGACCCCUGGCAGGAGGCACAACGGCUUCCUCCUCCCUCUGGUCCGGGCCGUCUCCAACCAGAUCGUGCGCUUCCCCAGCGAGAGGCUGGCCUCCGACCCAGGCCGGGCCCUCAUGUUCACGCAGUGGGGCCAGUUCAUCGACCACGACCUGGACUUCAGCCCCGAAUCCCCAGCCAGAGUGACCUUCACUGGGGGUGUCGACUGUGAGCGGACAUGUGCCCAGCUGCCCCCCUGCUUCCCCAUCAAGAUCCCGCCCAAUGACCCCCGCAUCAAGAACCAGCGUGACUGCAUCCCCUUCUUCCGCUCGGCACCGUCAUGCCCCCAAAACAGGAACCAAGUCCGCGACCAGCUCAACGCGCUCACCUCCUUCGUGGACGCCAGCAUGGUGUACGGCAGCGAGGUCUCCCUCGCCCUGAGGCUCCGCAACCGCACCAACUACCUGGGGCUGCUGGCCAUCAACCAACAGUUCCAGGACAACGGCCGGGCCCUGCUGCCCUUUGACAACCAGCGGGAUGACCCCUGUCUCCUCACCAACCCCUCCGUGCGCAUCCCCUGCUUCCUGGCAGGUGACAGCCGAGCAAGUGAAAUCCCCAAACUGACGGCCAUGCACACCCUCUUUAUGCGAGAGCACAACCGGUUGGCCACUGAGCUGAGACGCCUGAAUCCCCAGUGGAACGGAGACAAGCUGUACCAAGAGGCUCGGAAGAUCGUGGGGGCCAUGGUCCAGAUCAUCACCUACAGAGACUUUCUGCCCCUGGUUUUGGGCAAGGCCCGGGCCAGGAGAACCCUGGGGUCCUACAAUGGGUAUUGCUCCAAUGUGGACCCCCGUGUGUCCAAUGUCUUCACUCUGGCCUUCCGCUUUGGCCACACCAUGCUCCAGCCCUUCCUGUUUCGCUUGGACAGCCAGUACCAGGCCUCAGCACCCAACUCCCGGGUCCCGCUCAGCUCUGCCUUCUUUGCCAGCUGGCGGAUCGUGUAUGAAGGUGGCAUCGAUCCCAUCCUCCGAGGCCUCAUGGCCACCUCUGCCAAGCUGAACCGUCAAGAUUCCAUACUAGUGGAUGAGCUCCGGGAACGGUUGUUUCAGCAAGUGAGGAGGAUUGGGCUGGACCUGGCAGCAAUCAACAUGCAACGCAGCAGGGACCACGGCCUCCCAGGGUACAAUGCUUGGAGGCGCUUCUGUGGGCUAUCCCAGCCCCGGAAUUUGGCACAACUCAGCCGAGUGCUGAAAAACCAGGAUUUAGCAAGGAAGUUCCUAAAUCUGUAUGGGACACCUGACAACAUUGACAUCUGGAUUGGGGCCAUCGCAGAGCCUCUUUUGCCAGGGGCCCGAGUGGGGCCUCUUCUGGCUUGUCUUUUUGAGAACCAGUUUAGAAGAGCUCGAGACGGAGACAGGUUUUGGUGGCAGAAACGGGGUGUUUUCACCAAGAGACAGCGCAGGGCUCUGCGUCAGAUUUCCUUGUCUCGAAUUGUGUGUGACAACAGUGGUAUCACCACCGUUUCAAAGGACAUCUUCAGGGCCAACAGCUACCCGCGGGGCUUUGUGAGCUGCAGCCGCAUCCCCAGGUUGAACCUGUCAGCCUGGCGAGGCACAUGAGGCCCCUGCAGGGGUCCAUCUCCAGCCUCCAACCCUUGGAGACAAGGGAGCCUGGGAGCGACCAAGUUCUGCUGAUGCUUUUGCUGGCUAUGGCUCAGAGUUGGGCUCUUUGGCUUGGAGUGACAGCUGGAGCGCCUAACACCUGUGGACCCAUCUGCCUUGGGGGCCUCUUAGGUGUUAGGUUAUGACUCAGCUCUGGGUGCAAGGACUUGCAAGCCAGGCAAUGAGGCCUUGAGACCCAGGCAAGAGGCAGCUGGAGGCUUUCCAGGCACUUUCAUCUAUUUCCCACCCCCUCCCGCACUCCCCUGUGACUGAGAGACUACACAGCCCUGGCCUGUAGCCACCCCCACAAUCCUUCUCUUGAGCCUAUUGGCUGGGGAGGACGCUCUGUUGCUAACAAUAAAGCACUGCUGAGAUCA